AUGAAAUACAGCGGUGAGAUGUAUGAUGUAUUCGACCUCAAGUUGAACAUCUUCCGCCAUACCUGCAGCAAGGCAGGUAUCGAAGAGCACCAAUUGGCCCCUAUCUUUUCGAUUAUGCUACGCGCCCAGGCCGUCACCUUCUACUUCAGCCGCGUAUGUGGCAGCAGCAUUCGAGACUUUGUGGAAAUAGUUCAACCCGUACGAAGCCACUUUGAAAUUCAAGAAAGCACCCAGACGUACCUCACCGAGUGA